AGCAAAUCAUGCAAAAUACACUAGGCUGAAAAUCUCAACUCUGCUGUUUGUUGCUCGUUAUAAAAGCCAAUGUCAAUUUAACAUUUUGAUAACAAUUCAGUUAUCAAUUUUUUUACAUUGUGUGAGCUGACAAUAUCAACGAGUGAGCGUAUUAUCUAAUGGAAACGAACAGCUCAUCGUGUGACCUUCCGACAGAGGUCAUUGACCAUGUGGUCAACAUGUGGGUGGAUGUCUUAAAAACGCCCAUUCCCGCAAGUGGUCACUUUACGGAAGAUGAUAACUUCAUAAAUGUGUCCACAACCUGGUCCGUUGUCGAUCCUGGGAAAAAAGAGGCUGUUCGAUUUCAAAGGAACGCCAGUGUUCUCAAAAAGAGUGUGUCCUGGAACAAUGGAGCCACAUUUAUUGAAAAGGAAAAUCUAAUAAUGAAUGAAACUGCAGCAACUCCAAUUGAUGGAAAAACAAUUUGUAUUUCGAGAGAUGGAUCUCGCAAAGCAAUAUUAAUCGAAAAACCUAAUGGGUCUGGAAAAGAUGCAAAAAUUCAGUUUAUUCAAAUUUGGAACAGCGAUACUCUACUGAAAUCCUAUGAUUUAUCAGCGCUUGAUAAGCAUAAAUCGGUCUAUACUUUCGCCGACUUUGGGUCAACCAUGGUGUGGAAUGAAAGUGGGGAAAUUUUAGCUUACCUGGCAGAAAAGAAAUUUCCAAAACCUCGACCAUUCUUUUCUUCAGACGUUCCUGAUGAGAUGAGCAAUGAUUUAUCUGGGAAAGAUACUAAGGGUCCUAGAGGAGAAGAAUAUGCACUCAAGCAAAGUUGGGGAGAACAAAUGCAUGACAUGCACUUUUCUGUAAUUGUCAUUUUGCACGUGGAGACUGACAAGUUCAACGUUAUUGAAAUGCCCAAUGACCAGUUCCCCACAGACCUACAGUGGGUUGACAACAACUCUAUCAUUGGCACUUCGUAUGCAAUUAAGGAUUGGCGACUUGGAUUGAUUUAUUGCACAAAUCGAGAAAGUCAAAUUUUUCAAAUUAAUGUGGACGGAAGCAAUUUACGCUUUCUAAGUGCUUCCGGACGUGCAGCAUUCUGUCCAAGAGUUCGACCGGAUGGAAAAUUUGUAAUUUGGCAAGAAAGAGCCGUUGACGAACCUCAUAAUCGUGCAAGAAAUAUUAUGGGAACAUCAAUUAGUGAUCAGGCUAUCCCAAAUUGCCUCUAUGAAUCUAUUCCACCAAAUUUGCCUAUUUAUGAUAAUUUUCCGAAACAAUGCUGGGCUCUUGAUGGUAGUUCUUUCCUUGUCAUUGCAAUAAGUGAUGGAACACUGUCGCUAAUUUCUGCUAGUCCAAAAAACGGCCAAGUUGAGACAAAAUUCAUUUCCACGUCAUCUCCAGGGAUUGAUAACAUCUUAUGGAUAGGGCAAAACUAUAUCCUGCUCGCCCGUAGCUCAAGCUUAUGUGGGCCAUACAUUGAGCUGAUGGAGACUGUCGGAGAUAAUCGAAGAGCUGCGUUGUCCAAGGUGCACAAUUCGAUGCCGGCUUCGACACUCACCGCAAAGUUGUAUGGACAAGCGUCAAUUCCGUCUUUCUAUGUUGGCCCUGAAGAAUGUAAACCGAAUAGUGUACCACUAAUCGUAUGGGUUCAUGGGGGCCCCCAUGCAUGUUUUGUGGACAGUUUUGUGCCUGAAGCCACAUUUUUUACUCGCAUGGGAUACGCCUUUCUCAAAGUAAAUUAUAUUGGAAGCACUGGUGCUUCAGCUCGAGAUGAAACCGAUGAUCUUCUGGGAAAAAUUGGGACAUUGGACGUUCAAGAUUCGCAAAGUAUUGUUCAACAAGCAAUCAAGAAAUUUCCAUGCAUUGAUUCUGAAAAAAUUGGGAUUUGGGGCGGCUCGCAUGGGGGUUUUCUUACAUGCCAUUUAAUUGCUCAGUAUCCAGAAUUUUACAAAGCUGCCGUUACACGAAACCCCGUGUGUGAUUUAAACGUUAUGAUAGGAACCUCAGAUAUCUCAGAUUGGGUAUAUGCUGAAACAGGGAUCCCAUUUCUAACGUCUGUUCAAACGGGGUUCGUCCCAGCAGCCAAAUCUAUUGAAGAAACAGAACGAUUGUUCAAGGCGUCUCCAAUAUCUUAUGUGUCAAAGGUUAAAGCUGCAACGCUCUUGUGUGUUGGAACUGAAGAUCUCCGUGUUCCAGCAUCGCAGGGAAUCAGUUUUUACCGUGCCUUGAAAGCUUAUGGAAAAACUGCAGAGAUUCGAGUAUAUCCAGACUGUCAUCCACUAUCUACAAUCCCUGUCCGAAUUGACGGAGUUAUUCACGCGGCUUUGUGGUUCAAGAGAUUUAUCAAAUAAUUAGUAAUUUUAAGCCUAAUUUUGAGGACCAAUACUUUUCUGAAGAUAAAAUGCCCAAUUCCUAUUCUUCUCAACUUAACUUUUCCAUCAUAAUAAAUACAUCCUGAAACUAGAUCAAAUUUA